AUGCCGAUAUUCCGUUUGCCAUUUCUUUUAUUUGUUCUUCACUCCGUUGGUCUGGUCGUGGCUUCACGGAAUUCCAGUUCAUGGCUGACGUUAACUGGAAAUGCACCUUUAGUCAUAGCUAGGGGUGGCUUUCCAGGGAUCUUUCCUGAUUCCAGCUUUGCUUCCUACCAGCUGGCACUGAAUACUAGUUUAUCUAAUGUGAUUCUGUGGUGUGAUGUACAACUGACAAAGGAUGGAGCUGGGAUAUGCUUUCCCAACAUCAAGCUGGAGAACUCUUCUGACAUUUCUUCUGUUUUCAGAAAUAGUAGGAUCUACCUUGUCAAUGGCCAAUCCACUAGAGGAUGGUUUUCUGUGGACUAUACCCUGGAUGACUUAAAAAGUGUCUACUUAAUGCAGGGAAUUUACUACCGAACUAACAAAUUCGAUGGUAAUCGUUACAAUAUUCUUACUGUUGAAGAUGUGGCAAUUAAACUAAAACCGCCAGGCUUAUGGUUGAAUAUUCAGUAUGAUGCAUUCUACAGGCAACACAAGUUGAGCAUGAGAAGCUACAUUCUUUCAGCAUCUAGACGUUUUGUCAUUAAUUACAUCUCAUCACCGGAGGUGGCCUUCCUGAGCACCAUUGCAGAGCGAUUUAAAGGAAGCAAAACCAAACUCAUCUUCCGCUUUCUAGGAUCUGAUGAGAUUGAGCCUUCGACUAACCAGACUUAUGGUUCACUUUUGAAAAAUCUAAAAUUUAUCAAGAAAUUUGCCUCUGGAAUCCUUGUUCCCAAGAACUACAUAUGGCCUGUAAACACAGCUUUAUACCUACAACAUCAUACCUCCAUUGUGUCAGAUGCUCAUAGGGAAGGCCUGGAAGUGUUUGCGUCAGAUUUUGCAAAUGACGUAGUGUUUAGCUACAAUUACAGCUACAAUCCACUCGCUGAGUACCUCUCUUUCAUUGACAAUGGUGAUUUCUCUGUUGAUGGUGUCCUGUCCGAUUUCCCUGUAACUCCAUCGGCAGCCAUAGAUUGUUUUUCUCAUAUAAGCAACAAAAGUUCAGGAAAAGCAAUGCCAAUUGUUAUCUCACAUAAUGGUGCUAGUGGAGUAUAUCCCGGUUGCACUGAUCUUGCAUAUAAGCAAGCUGUUGAAGAUGGUGCUGAUGUUAUUGACUGUUCUGUUCAAAUGACAAAGGAUGGAAUUCCCAUAUGCUUAGGCUCUAUAGAUCUUUUAUAUGGCACAACAGUUGCUCAAUCACAAUUCAACUCUCGUUCUUCUAAUAUUCCAGAGAUUCAGGAAACCCCUGGAAUUUUCACCUUCAGCCUCACCUGGAAAGAGAUACAAAGCUUGAAGCCGGCCAUAAGAAAUCCAUUCAUGGAUUAUAAUUUGUUCCGGAAUCCUGCAUAUAAAAAUGCAGGAAGCUUCUUAUCAUUGGAUGACUUUCUGGCCUUUGCAAAAAGCAAAUCACUUUCUGGAGUCUUGAUCAGCAUAGAGAAUGCAGCCUAUAUUGUGGAGAAUCUGGGGUUAAGUGUAAUUGACGCAGUGGUUGAUGCUUUAAAGAAGUCUGGCCAUAAUAACCAAACCAACCAGAAGAUUAUGAUCCAGUCUACUAACAGCUCUGUUUUAAUCAAGUUCAAAGAGAAAACCAAUUACCAGUUGGUGUACAAAAUUGAUGAAGUUAUCCGUGAUGCCGAUAAAGCAUCCAUCAUGGACAUCAAACAAUUUGCCCAUUCUUUGGUGAUCAGAAAGUCAUCCAUAUUUCCUCUCAAUAGCGCCUUCCUCACUGGUGUCACUAAAAUUGUAUCGAAGCUACACUCAUUCAAUCUCACCGUUUAUACAUCUGUAUUCAGGAAUGAAUUUGUAUCUUCUGCCUGGGACUUCUACUCAGACCCGGUUGUUGAGAUUAAUUCAUUUGUCAUGGGAGCUGGGAUUGAUGGAGUCAUUACUGACUUCCCAGGAACAGCUAUAAUGUACAGAAAGAACCGAUGUUUAAACAGGGGAGAUAAUAUACCCAGUUACAUGAGACCUGUUCAGCCAGGCAAUCUCUUUCAAGCCAUUUCUGCUGAGUAUUUGCCACUGGCAGAGGCUCCUAGCCCUGUCCUGACAGACUCUGAUGUGGCUGAGCCUCCUCUGCCUCAUGUUAUAAAGAAACCAUCAAGGAGUGGGCCUGCUGCAUCUCCAAUGCUCAGUGCGUGGUCGCCCAUCGCUGCCCCUUCCUCCCAUCUCUAGGGACCAAUUAGUAUCCAUUUCAUGGAUCCAUGUUGGCAAUAUGAUAUAGUUGCAUUUCUUCACUACCUUAAAACCAGGAUUAGGAGUAUCUAUUUCAUGGAUCUAUGGUGUAAUCAGUAUAUAGCCGAGUUAAGUGGACCAGCAAUAUGAGCAAUUUGACUCUGCAUCAAAUAUCUAAUAAAUGAAAACGUUG